AUGACUGCGAAGACUGUCACGCUGGAGGCCCGGGACAUCUGCCUAAGUGGCGUCCAGGACCUGCCGGCGGAGUCCCUGCAACGAACGGUGAGCCCCUGCUAUCCUACGGAGCGAGUCUACUCCCCAACAGCUUCGGUGGCACCGUCCGUUGCUACCAAGGUUGAGGUAACAUGUACUGGUGACAAAGCCGUCAAGGCAACCGUGACGUCCACCCGACGUUUCAUGAAGAUCUCCAGCUUGACCUUCUGGGCAGUCGUCUUCAUUUUCGCUUUCUUCGGCUGGCCAAGCACUGUGAUUGACAACGACGACGUGCACAGGAAAAUUUUGGCAGCGGUUUUCCUUACUGGCAUCGCCCUGGUUGCCCUGGAGGAUGUGAUCCACCUGGACAAGUCAGCCAUCAUGCUGGUCCUUGCUUCCGUGAUGUGGACCUACCAUGCAGCUGGGUAUCACCCCACCAUAUCGCACGAGGGCCAUGAGAAGCUGCAGCAUGAGCUGUCGAAAGGCUUGUCCGACGUCGGCAGCGUCAUCCUCUUCCUCCUCCCGGCGAUGGGAAUCGUCGAGUCGAUCGAUCACCUUGAUGGCUUCGCGGUUGUGACUUCUUUCAUUGUUCGGCACACGCGUGACAAGGCAGACCGCUUGAUGCCAAUGAUCUGCUUCCUGGCGUUCUUCCUGAGCUCUGUCAUCGACAACUUGACUGCCACGAUCGUUUGCAUCAAGAUCUUGAAGCGUGUCGUGCCCCACGACAGAGACUGGAGGCACUCUUGCGGCGGCCUCGUGGUCGUGGCUGCGAAUGCAGGAGGAGCUUGGAGCCCCAUUGGGGACGUGACCACCACCAUGCUGUGGAUUUCCCACAAGAUCUCCACUGCAGGAACCAUCGCGUGGCUGUUCUUCCCGUCCUUCGUGGCGGGCAUCUUGCCCCUCUUCGGAAUCUGGUGGCAGGCCAGGCGGUGUGGUUCAGCUUCUCAGGACUCGAAGCUGGAAAGGCCACGGCGCAGGGCUUCAGGGCAGUUUCUCAUUCUGAUCUGUGUAAACUCGCUUCCGAAAGUCUUCUCGGGUUUGACGGCAGCAGCAGCUGCGGCUGUUCUCGUCUGCGAUCUAGAUUUCUUCAACAGCUUCUGCGAAUAG